CCUCACUCCCACGCGCCCCCCAGCGCUGCCGUGCUAGACAGCUGAGAGAACAGACACAGACCUGUCGGAAGGUCCUCUGCAGGUCCCCCUUCCGCUCUGCCGAUCGACUUCCGCCUCGGGCAGUCAACAUGUACGUUGCGGCUGUCUGGCGAAGCUGCUUCUGAGCGUUUGCGGAGGCGCAGCUUCCCCUCUGCGGGGCCGCCCUGCUUCCCCCCGAUCCCCGCCUCCCCCCGCCCCUCGCUCCCGUCCCUGGGGUCGGCGGACUUCUCGCUACAUGGGGGCGGGCUUCCGCGGUCGGCGCACGGCUUCCUGUUCUGAGGCUGCCCGGCGGUAGGCGGUGGCGACUCUGCCCGCUCCCGUUUCGGCGCGGUGACCGAGCGCCCGGGAGGCUCGAGGACCGCAUCGUGUGCCGUUGCGCCAAGCCCGGUCCUGCGCCGCCAUGGCCCCAGUGCAGCUGGAGAACCACCAGCUGGUCCCGCCCGGAGGCGGCGGCGGGGGCAGCGGCGGACCCCCGUCAGCCCCAGCCCCUCCUCCCCCGGGAGCCGCCGUGGCGGCGGCCGCUGCAGCUGCGGCUAGCCCGGGCUACCGGCUGAGCACCCUCAUUGAAUUUCUGCUGCACCGGGCCUACUCGGAGCUUAUGGUGUUGACGGACCUACUGCCAAGGAAAUCUGAUGUGGAAAGGAAAAUAGAAAUAGUGCAGUUUGCUAGCCGGACACGCCAACUCUUCGUUCGAUUAUUAGCUUUAGUGAAAUGGGCUAAUAAUGCUGGCAAAGUGGAAAAAUGUGCGAUGAUUUCAAGCUUUUUAGAUCAGCAAGCCAUCCUGUUUGUGGACACUGCUGAUCGCCUGGCCUCGUUAGCUAGAGAUGCUCUGGUCCAUGCACGCCUGCCUAGUUUUGCCAUCCCAUAUGCCAUUGAUGUACUGACUACUGGCUCUUACCCACGGCUGCCAACCUGCAUUAGGGAUAAAAUUAUUCCUCCAGACCCAAUUACCAAAAUUGAAAAACAAGCCACACUCCAUCAGUUGAAUCAGAUUCUUAGACAUCGGCUUGUAACCACAGAUCUUCCUCCUCAGUUAGCAAAUCUUACAGUUGCAAAUGGCCGGGUGAAGUUUCGUGUUGAAGGAGAAUUUGAAGCCACCUUGACUGUGAUGGGAGAUGACCCUGAUGUUCCAUGGCGUCUUCUCAAGCUAGAAAUUCUAGUUGAGGAUAAGGAAACAGGAGAUGGGCGAGCUUUGGUUCAUAGCAUGCAAAUCAGCUUCAUCCAUCAGCUGGUGCAGUCUAGGCUCUUUGCUGAUGAGAAACCUCUUCAGGAUAUGUACAACUGCCUACAUUCUUUCUGUUUAUCACUUCAGUUAGAAGUGUUACAUUCCCAAACUCUAAUGUUAAUCCGAGAACGGUGGGGAGACCUUGUACAGGUGGAAAGGUAUCAUGCUGGAAAGUGCCUCUCCCUCUCAGUUUGGAAUCAACAGGUUCUUGGGAGAAAAACUGGAACAGCAUCUGUUCACAAAGUUACAAUUAAAAUUGAUGAGAAUGAUGUCUCCAAGCCUUUACAGAUUUUUCAUGAUCCUCCUUUGCCAGCUUCUGAUUCCAAAUUAGUAGAAAGAGCCAUGAAGAUUGACCACUUAUCAAUAGAAAAACUCCUGAUUGACAGCGUCCAUGCAAGAGCUCAUCAGAAGCUGCAAGAACUGAAGGCCAUUCUUAGAGGCUUCAAUGCCAAUGAAAACUCUUCCAUAGAGACUGCACUCCCAGCUCUUGUUGUUCCCAUCUUGGAGCCCUGUGGUAAUUCAGAGUGUCUGCACAUUUUUGUAGAUUUGCAUUCUGGAAUGUUUCAGUUGAUGCUUUAUGGACUUGACCAGGCCACUCUGGAUGAUAUGGAGAAGUCUGUGAAUGAUGAUAUGAAACGAAUCAUACCCUGGAUUCAGCAACUUAAGUUUUGGCUUGGACAGCAGCGUUGCAAGCAGUCUAUAAAACAUCUGCCUACGAUAAGCAGUGAAACAUUGCAGCUUUCCAAUUACUCAACUCAUCCUAUUGGAAACCUUUCUAAGAAUAAACUGUUCAUUAAACUUACCCGCCUUCCACAAUACUACAUUGUUGUGGAGAUGUUGGAGGUUCCCAAUAAACCCACACAACUGUCGUACAAGUACUACUUUAUGUCUGUGAAUGCUGCAGAUCGUGAAGACAGUCCUGCAAUGGCAUUGCUGCUACAGCAGUUCAAGGAAAACAUCCAGGACUUGGUUUUUCGUACAAAAACCGGGAAACAGACCAGAACCAAUGCCAAGCGCAAGUUGUCUGAUGAUCCAUGUCCAGUAGAAUCCAAGAAAACAAAACGAUCAGGAGAAAUGUGUGCCUUCAAUAAAGUUUUAGCUCACUUUGUCGCUAUGUGUGAUACAAAUAUGCCAUUUGUAGGACUUCGGUUGGAGUUGUCCAAUCUGGAGAUUCCACAUCAAGGAGUGCAAGUGGAAGGUGAUGGCUUCAGCCAUGCAAUUCGCUUAUUAAAAAUUCCUCCCUGUAAGGGUAUAAGUGAGGAAACCCAAAAGGCUCUGGACCGCUCUCUUCUUGAUUGCACUUUCCGAUUACAAGGUAGAAAUAACCGCACUUGGGUAGCAGAGUUAGUGUUUGCAAAUUGUCCACUUAAUGGCACUUCUACCAGGGAGCAAGGCCCAUCCCGGCACGUUUACCUGACAUAUGAAAAUCUGUUGUCUGAGCCUGUUGGUGGUAGAAAAGUGGUUGAAAUGUUUCUUAAUGACUGGAAUAGCAUUGCACGAUUAUAUGAGUGUGUGUUGGAAUUUGCACGUUCUCUACCAGACAUACCCGCUCAUCUAAAUAUUUUCUCAGAAGUUCGUGUUUAUAAUUACCGCAAACUUAUCUUGUGUUAUGGAACCACCAAGGGAAGCUCAAUUAGUAUCCAAUGGAAUUCAGUCCAUCAAAAAUUCCACAUUUCUUUGGGAACUGUUGGCCCAAACUCAGGUUGCAGUAACUGUCACAAUACCAUUCUCCAUCAGCUUCAAGAAAUGUUCAACAAAACACCAAAUGUGGUUCAGUUAUUACAGGUACUGUUUGAUACUCAGGCUCCAUUAAAUGCCAUCAACAAACUCCCCACUGUGCCCAUGUUGGGCUUGACCCAGAGAACCAACACUGCCUACCAGUGCUUCUCCAUUCUACCACAGUCAUCCACCCACAUCAGACUGGCCUUCAGGAACAUGUAUUGCAUCGAUAUAUACUGCCGGAGUCGAGGUGUUGUGGCAAUACGGGAUGGUGCCUAUAGUCUUUUUGAUAACAGCAAAUUAGUUGAAGGUUUCUAUCCUGCACCAGGACUAAAGACGUUCCUGAAUAUGUUUGUUGACAGCAAUCAGGAUGCUCGAAGAAGGUCUGUAAAUGAGGACGAUAAUCCCCCUUCUCCUAUAGGAGGAGAUAUGAUGGAUUCUUUAAUAUCGCAGCUCCAGCCACCACCCCAGCAACAGCCAUUUCCAAAGCAGCCAGGAACAUCAGGUGCUUAUCCUCUUACUUCACCCCCUACAUCUUAUCAUAGCACAGUCAAUCAGUCUCCCUCUAUGAUGCACACACAGUCUCCAGGAAAUCUGCACGCUGCCAGCUCCCCAAGUGGGGCUUUGAGAGCCCCAUCACCAGCGUCAUUUGUUCCAACUCCUCCCCCAUCCUCGCAUGGAAUCUCAAUAGGACCAGGGGCCAGUUUUGCUAGUCCACAUGGAACUCUUGACCCUAGUUCCCCAUACACUAUGGUGUCACCAAGUGGACGAGCAGGGAACUGGCCAGGAUCUCCUCAAGUGUCCGGCCCCUCACCAGCAGCACGCAUGCCUGGAAUGUCACCAGCCAACCCCUCACUACAUUCUCCGGUUCCAGAUGCUUCUCAUUCCCCUCGAGCUGGAACAAGUUCUCAAACAAUGCCAACAAACAUGCCUCCACCUCGUAAACUACCUCAGCGCUCUUGGGCGGCAUCCAUACCUACCAUCCUCACUCACAGUGCCUUGAACAUUUUACUGCUGCCCUCUCCAACGCCAGGCCUUGUGCCUGGUCUGGCAGGUAGUUACCUUUGUUCUCCACUUGAGAGAUUCCUUGGAUCAGUCAUCAUGAGACGACAUCUUCAAAGAAUUAUUCAACAAGAAACGCUGCAGCUGAUAAAUUCCAAUGAACCUGGAGUGAUCAUGUUUAAGACUGAUGCACUGAAAUGCAGAGUUGCCCUUAGUCCCAAAACCAACCAAACGCUUCAGCUAAAAGUGACACCUGAAAAUGCAGGACAGUGGAAACCUGAUGAACUUCAAGUUUUAGAGAAAUUCUUUGAAACAAGAGUUGCAGGACCACCAUUUAAAGCUAAUACGUUAAUAGCCUUCACCAAGCUAUUAGGAGCUCCUACACACAUCCUGAGGGAUUGUGUGCACAUUAUGAAGCUGGAGCUGUUCCCUGACCAGGCAACACAGCUGAAAUGGAAUGUUCAGUUUUGCCUAACGAUCCCUCCCAGCGCACCACCAAUUGCACCUCCUGGGACGCCUGCUGUGGUGCUGAAAUCCAAAAUGCUAUUUUUUCUUCAACUAACUCAGAAAACAUCGGUCCCUCCCCAAGAACCUGUUAGUAUUAUAGUUCCAAUCAUUUAUGACAUGGCUUCAGGUACAACCCAGCAGGCAGACAUUCCCAGACAGCAGAACUCUUCUGUUGCUGCUCCCAUGAUGGUCAGCAACAUUCUGAAGAGGUUUGCAGAGAUGAAUCCACCACGACAAGGUGAAUGCACAAUAUUUGCAGCUGUUCGUGAUUUAAUGGCUAAUCUUACACUGCCCCCUGGUGGGCGUCCAUAGACACUAUUGUUUUUAAACCAGGAAGGCUGACAGAUGAGACAACAAAAAAAAUCUGAAUUCAGCCUUCAGUUUAAAAAAGGAAAAGGACUUUUUAAAAAAACUUUAAGAGCUAAAUAUUCUAAACUGGCAAAAAUUUUCAGGGUGCACUUCUUUCAUCAAAAUGAUCAUCAAUCUUUUGUAUAAUGAACUUGUAUAGUGUGUUUAAAUGGGACACAUUUCAAAGGAAAUAAAUCAGUGUCCGUUUGCCAGUAAUAAAUUUAAUAUUCUGUUUUAUACUAUAAAGUUAUGAAAAUGCCAAACUUGUUUAUUUAAUUGUUUUCUUAUGUUUUGGGUGUAAUAGUCCUUUUUUGGUUUUUGUUUUGUUUUUUAAGGCAGGUCUGUCAUUUUUGAAUACUGUAAAACUGUGAUAAACUUUAUAUUGAAGCUGUAUUUUAAUAUGACCGCUUUGAAUCCUUACAUGAAAUGUUCUGGGAGUUGUUAUAAACACACCCCAAGGAAGCAAUAUUUAAUAAAACUAGGUCAAAAACAAAACAAAACAGUGACACUCACUUGUGUGUAUAUAAACUCUAAGAGACAUCUUAGGCCCUCCUUCAUCUUUAACCUGGUGGAUGGAGCCAGUUAUUAAUUUAUAAUAAUACAUGUCUGAAAUUUGACCGAAAACAUCAUCUUUAUGUCAAGGUUAAUAUAUUUUCUUCAGACAUUCCUAACUUGACUAGUGGUUAACAUUUAGCACCUCAGUUGUCUUUCAAUAUAUAGGAUUUGGGUGAAAAAUAAGGAACUUAGUCUUUGAGAAGGGACAGUACGUGGUUCAUAUUGAUCAAGGAUCCCAAAUAAUGCAAUCAUUCUCAUUUGUUGAGGAUGUGGGAACUUUUCUAUCAGGAAAAUUUAGUUUACAGAAUACUUCUGCAUACAACAUUAAUUAGGAAACAAAGAACUUUAAUGCUGUACCCCUGCAUGAAGUUUCUGUGAGCUUUCUUUAUCUUGCUUAUCUUCCUUGCCUUCCCCACCAAAAUUGGGAUUGUUCUAAACAAUUUCAAUUUAAUUCAUUGUCAACAAAACGAUAGAAUGUUUUGCUUGGAAGAAACCUGGUCCAUUCCCCUCAUUUUGAAGAAUCCCAAAUCCUGGGCCUGUCCAGGGUCAAAUGGAGUUUUUGGUGUUGAUACAUCUCUGCAGGGUUUCUUUUUGGAGUACUGUGCUGUCUUUCCUAGUCAGUCAGGGACUUUUUUCAGCUUCAAAGAACAUGAUCUGAUGCAAAGGUCUUCUACUGACUUCAUGGUAUUUAGGAAAAAUUUUUAAAUGAUAAUACCAUGCUGAGUUAUCUGGUCACUGUAAUACUGGUUCUCCAUUAAAAUGUAGAUGCUUUGUCUAAUUCUACUUUAAGAUGAUUUAAUUGAGCUUCUAUAACUAUCAACUACCAAAUUCUAGUUUCAAGUGUCUCACUGCACCUAUAUCAUAUCUGUUCUCAACUUUGCUUGAUUCUCCACUCAUUUUCAAUCAGAGUUGAGGCCUUCUUUGCCUUUCUUCUUUGUCUUAUUUCUGCCUUCAUCUCCCACUUCUCACCCAACUCUGCCACUGUUCAGGAGCAGUUGACUAAACUUUUAUCCUUCCUUUAACUUAACCUUUUUAUCCUUCUGUUUUUAGUUCUUACAGUGGUAAUCACAUCAGUUUGGCAAUCUAAGAUGUCUUUGUCAAGGGUCAGCCCUUUUCUAUUUGGAGCUGAAUCUUUUCUUUCAUGUAGAAAUCUACAUGUAUAUACAAGAAAUGUAUUUUUAUCUGCAGGAUAAUAUUGUUUCAAAUAAUUUUAUUAAGAGUUAACUUUUUAGGUAUUUUCCCUUUUAAUGUGGUUUUGAAAUGUUAAUUGCAUUUUUACACAUGAUGCAUUCAGUGGACGCUCUUUUCUCCUAAUUAUAACUCAUCUCUGAAUGCAUUGUGCCAAUCAAAAGAUAGGAUUCAGUGAACAGAAUUUGCUUUUGAUGCUUAUUAAGAGUAAACCCAUGAAUUUGAAUUUUUAUAUUCUGCUUGGUACUUGGAAUUGAUAUAUACCUUAUUAAAGCUUGAAAACAUUUAGCAUUUGAAUAGUAAGUUUCAUCACAAAUCAUGUCUUUUGCCUCUUUUGUUACCCAGGUUCAAUCAAAGGGACUGGAUGUCCAAGUGAUUUUCUCUAAUAAUCGGGUUGGGACUUAACUUUAAGGUGUUUUCAAUGUGAUUUUAGUAUUUUCCAGUAAUAAAUAAAAUUUAUACAAAGUUUCAGAGAA